CGAUCGGUAUAUCUUUGAUAUCUUAUAUUCCUAUGUAUGUAUAUGUACAGAAUGAUAUGAUUCCAAAAUUAAUAGGCUAGUUUCCUUGGAAAAUUCGGAGUAAAUACUGGAAAUUUGCUUACCUUUAUCGCACCUUCUAAAUUAUAAUGACUUCCUUUUUCCUCUCAGAGUCAAAUUAUUUUUCAUUUGUAUUUAAAACAUAUAGACUAAUUCGUAAAUGUAGGAUAAACUUGGAAGGUUAAAACUUAAAAAGAGCCACAGUUAUUGUUGACUAUUUGGACUUUUGAUUUUCCCUUAUUUAAUUAAUUAUAAAAAAAAUUAUUUUUCUCUUUUUAAUUUAUACUUUCUCAGAAAACACAAUAUAUACAAUUUAUAUAUUCAUAAUAUAACUUGUUUAUAUUUCCUUGGCCGUCUACUAAUUUAUUCACACUACAAUCACUUGUUUCUUUUUCUUUUUGCUUCUCCUCUCUCUUUCUUCUUCCCCAAGAACCCUAAGUAUUUAUUUUUACUUUUGAUGAUUUUAAUCGAAGAAAUAUAAAAGUCUGCCCAUCUGAUCCACUGAAGGAAUCCACUUUCUCAUACCCAAAUGAAUCUGAGUGAGAAGAGAAGAGUUGAUGAAGAUUGGAUUACGACACUAUUGAGCUUAGAGUUCUUUGGGAUAUGUAUGAAUCAUAAGUAUCUUCGAAAGAACGAGAAGAAUGUCUUUUGCAUUGACUGUAAUGCCCAAAUAUGCAGACAUUGUUGUAACACAGAAGCACACUUCCUCCAUCGUCGUCUUCAGAUUUGCAAAUACGUUUAUCAAGAUGUUUUGCGUCUCCUCGAUAUUCAACACUACUUUGAUUGCUCCGAGAUACAGACAUAUAAAAUAAAUGGAGAACAAGCUAUACAUUUGAAUUCGAGGCCGCAAGCAAAAGAUGCAAGACCUUCAACAAAAUCCAAGAAUGCAGGUUCAUGCGUGACGUGUAAAAGAUAUAUUCAAGAUCGUCCUAAUCGAUUUUGCUCUAUCUCUUGCAAGAUUUCAGCUUCUCCAGAAAAGCACAAAUUUUGUUUCUCUCCAGAAAUAAACCAAAGUGCUUUGAAGAAAGAACAUUAUAAUCAAGAACAAAACUUAGAAGAAAAAAAAUCAUGCACAUCAUCACUUACAGAUGUUUCAGAAGACUCGGAUGUUUUAUUGGGUAAUUUUUCAUUGAGACCACUCAUUAGGAUACUCAAGAGAAAAGGAGUUUCUAGAAGAUCUCCUCUUAACUGAUUUUUUUUUCCGUGGAUUUUGUUAUCAAAACCAAAAAUUAUUUAUAUUUUCUAGUUAAGAAGGAUAUUAUAUCGGUUUAUGCUUAAAA